AGAGUUGAUGAGUCCGUUGAAAAGAUAAUUCACUUCACAAAUGCCAUAAAACCACGUCGCGUCGAGGUCAAUGCAAAGGAAGUCGCACUACGUGUUGCAGAAGAUGGGUGUGUUCUUCUUAAAAACAGCGGCGAAACAUUACCACUCAAAAAUAUUAAAACAGUUGGACUGUUUGGUACAGGCGCAUAUGGUCCAUUUGUAAGAGGUAUAGGAAGCGGUCAGACUCAUCCAAGUCAUGUAGUGAGUCUAAAAGAAUCAUUUGAGAAGCGUGGAAUUCAUUUGGAGGACAACAUGAACGGGGGCUACUCCAAGUACCUCAUUGAACAGAACAACAGGACGUAUGAGACUUACAUGAAAACGUUUAACUUUUUCUUGGACUACGACGAACCUGUCUUGAAAGACGAGUCCGUCGCGGUUUGUGCGAGCACCAGUGAUGUUGGUCUAUUUGUGCUCAGUCGAAUUUCAGGCGAAUUCCGCGACCGAAAAGAUGUGUCGUUCCGCCUCAGCGAUCACGAGAGAGAUGCCAUUAAAAAGAUGAGUCAUCACUAUCACGCGAAGAAUAAGAAAGUGGUAAUGAUUUUAAACAUCUGUGGCCCCAUUGAGAUUGAAUCAUGGAUAGAUUUAGUUGAUUCAAUUAUAGUAGUUUGGCUGAAUGGUGAGGAGCAUGGAAAUGCAAUAACUCAUGUUCUUUUCGGCGAUGUCAAUCCAUCAGGGAGAUUGCCUCUCUCAUUUCCCGAAAAUUUGGCCAAUAUUCCGUCACAUUCAUUCCCUGGCAAUCCAAGAGACAAUCCAAAUGAAGUGAUUUAUGAUGAAGAUAUAUAUGUGGGAUACAGAUAUUACACGUCGUUUGAAAAAAGGUGCAGUUUCCCGUUUGGCUUUGGAUUGAGUUACACGGAAUUUGAAUAUUCAGUUCCAAUUGUAAUUCUCGACAAAAAGAACAUCACAUUCUCCGUCAACGUUAAGAACAAUGGGAAGUGUAAUGGCAAAGACGUCGUGCUGUUCUUUGUAGCACCUCCCAAAAACACAGAAUUCAAAAUGCCUGUCAGGGAACUUCGUGGGUUCGCGAAGACGGAUCUUAUUAAAAUUGAUAGCUCUUUUACUAUUAAUAUAACUAGAAGUUACAGAGACCUGUCUUCCUUCGACGAAAAGAGUCACAGCUGGAUACUACAUAAGGGAACAUACAAACUGGAAUUAUGCAAAGAUGCGAAUACAAUCAUAAGAACAACCGAAUUUAUCAUCGACAAGGAAAUCAUUACUCAGAGUUCCAGAAGUUACUGCACCCCUCAACAUCCUUUCAACGUUCUUUCGAAGUAA